AGAAGUAGAAAUUAGGAAUAUGACAUAAGUGCGGGUAAUCGUAUAGGGCAUAGAGAAUAUCGAAAAUCGAGAAUAAGUUCUACCUUCAUGGCAUUAGUUAUGUUAAUAUGUUUUUUAUAUGGAUUAACAUAACUAUGGCAUGUUUCAUGUGUACUUUUGUAAAUGCUUCAAAAUACAUAUUCGAAUGCAUUGACGACUAUCUCUUUUUGAAGAGUUUAGCGUUGUUGCUAUACAGACAUGGAUCUUAUGCGCAAUCUGCAAUUUCUUCAUACGUUCAGAAGAAUAGUUAAAAAAAAAAACAAUUAAAAAGUUGAUGCAGGUGCACUUAACAGAGAUGUUAAAACAAAAUGUUACAUGAUAAUGGUAAUUUAGAGGUAUUGGCAUCAUGUAGAAUUCUAUGGCAAAAAUGACAAGCCAUGUUAUGACUCUUACUCCUUCUAGAAAGCGAUGGUUUAUUGUAUUAUUAAUGAUCUUAUUAUUAUGUAUUAUUUUAAAUUUUUCUUAUACUCCAGAUAUACAUGAUGAAUCGAUACUUCAAAGUAAUAUUGUUGAAAUACAAAUGAAACUAGAGCAUUUACAUUCUAAAUAUAUAACAAGUCAAGAGGAGAUACAGUUUCUUACUUAUAAAUUAGUUAAAAUGACAGAGGGUAUACAUUUGCAACCUGAUAUUCAAAUUUUUAUCAAUAGCUCUAGUUACAAUAUUACAAAUAUAAAGUUACCAUCAAUAUAUAAUUUUCUACCACAUUUACUGAAUAAUCCAAAUAGUUUGCAUCCAGCUUUUAUUCACAGUAAAGGAAGAUCUGGUGUAAGCAUUGUCUUAGGAAUUCCUACAGUUAAAAGAGAGAUUCAGAGCUACUUAAUAGCAACAUUAAGAAAUUUAUUGAGUCGUAUGAAUCCUUUAGAAACUGCUGAUACUCUUAUCGUAGUUUUCAUAGCUGAGAUUGAUAUUGAGUAUGUAACUUAUGUAGCAAAGCAGAUAGAAUUGCAAUUUCCAGAAGAGUUUGAAUGUGGUGUAAUUGAUAUAAUAUCACCCCAUCCAUCAUAUUACCCUGAUUUUACAAAAUUACAAGACACAUUAGGUGAUAAUCAUCAACGUGUAAUAUGGAGAUCAAAACAAAAUUUAGACUUUGCUUUUCUUAUGUCCUAUGCACAGACUAAAGGAAUAUUCUAUGUACAAUUAGAAGAUGAUAUAUUAGCUAAACAAAAUUUUAUUGCUACAAUGAAAUCUUUUGCUUUACAAAAAGUCAGUAUGAAAGAAAACUGGCUUGUACUUGAUUUUUGUCAACUAGGAUUUAUUGGAAAAAUGUUUAAAUGUGUAGAUUUGCCAAUAUUUGUUCAAUUUUUUUUAAUGUUUUAUAAUGAUAAACCUGUAGACUGGCUUAUGGAUCAUUUAAUAUUUACAAAAGUUUGUAGUCUUGAUAUGGAUUUUAAACGUUGCAGAAUGGCUAAAACUGAACUAUGGUUACAUUAUAAACCAUCACUGUUCCAACAUGUUGGUACCCAUUCUUCUUUAAAAGGGAAAAUACAAAAACUGAAGGAUAAACAAUUUGGGAAAAUAAUAUUGCAUUAUGGCCAUAAAAAUCCAGAAGCUAUUAUUGAAUCACAAAUAAAAUCUUACAAGCAAUUUACACUUAGUAAAGCUUAUAGAGGAGAUACAUUUUUCUGGGGUCUUUUACCGCAAGUAGGAGAUCAUCUCAGAUUUAAAUUUAUUCAUCCAAUUUAUUUAAAGAGAUAUUUAUUUAGAAGUGGAAAUGCUGAGCAUCCAUGUGAUAAGUUUUAUAAUACUACUGUUGAAGUCUUACCAGAAUUGGCUAAUUCUAUCGAUAGAAAUCGUAAUAAUGUUUCAGAAGAUGGUUACAUUAUUAUAGGUAAAUUUGAUCAUGCUGGCAUUGCUCAGGGAAUUGUGGAUCAAAAAUUAGGAAAGAUUUUGGUACUUCGAUUGAAUGUACACAGUGAAAGUGAAAAUUGGGCAAUUUUAUCUGAAAUUCAUAUAGAAGAAGAUGCAAACAGCUGACAGAAAGUACUAUAGAUGUGUAAGGAAUUCAUUUCACAUAGUUCAUCAUUAUUUAAGGAAUUAAAGUUAAAAAUUUUC